ACUUCCGGAGCUCUGAGCGGGUACUUCCGCUUAGAGUCGAACGUGGGAGAGUCCCUUAAAAGGGCGAUAAGGAUAUAAGCUUGACCACGAGUUGAGACCCUGAGCACAGGCCUCCAGGAGCCACCGGGAGCUGCCGCCAGGAGCUGUCACCAUGACGGGGGAACUUGAGGUUAAGAACAUGGACAUGAAGCCGGGGUCAACCCUGAAGAUCACAGGCAGGAUCGCCGAUGGCGCUGAUGGCUUUGUAAUUAAUCUGGGUCAGGGGACAGACAAGCUGAACCUGCAUUUCAACCCUCGCUUCAGCGAAUCCACUAUUGUCUGCAACUCAUUGGACGGCAGCAACUGGGGGCAAGAACAACGGGAAGAUCACCUGUGCUUCAGCCCAGGGUCAGAGGUCAAGUUCACGGUGACCUUUGAGAGUGACAAAUUCAAGGUGAAGCUGCCAGAUGAGCACGAGCUAACUUUUCCCAACAGGCUGGGCCACAGCCACCUGAGCUACCUGAGUGUAAGGGGCGGGUUCAACAUGUCCUCUUUCAAGUUAAAAGAAUAAAAGACUUCCAGCCGAGAUUCUCUGUCCUGGGUCUUCUGAGUCACACCAGGAUCAACAGCCCUUGGGUGUGUUCCCCUAUCCCUACCUGCAGUUCCUGCCCCAAGGCUAAAAGCAACCAAAAUAAUCCAUUUUUAUCGAGUCUCCCUGU